CGGGAGACGAGGAAACCCUAGGUAGGAAGGAAGGAAGGAUAAAAGAGAAGCUUUACGCGGCCGUGUCUAUGUCUCUCUCUCUCUCUAUACUGAUCAUAUCGUCGUCAAUGGAGGAGAUUAAGAGUGUAGAGCAAAAGAAAGUAGGUAAAAACAACAAGCCGAGGCCAUGGGAAGUUGAGCCAGACAUGAAGCGUUGGGAAGUGGAGAAAAAGUUCGAUCCGGCAUGGAACCCGACUGGUAUGCUCGAAGUCAGCUCCUUCUCCAGAGUGUAUCCUCGAAGCAGAGAGAAGCAUCUUCUCAAGCGUUGGCCCAGAGUCAAGUCCGCUCUCAAGCAACACGGCGUCUCCUGCGAGCUCAACCUGGCUGAACGUUAUAUGACUGUUUCAACCACCAAGAAGACGAGAGAUCCUUACAUCAUCGUCAAAGCUAGAGACUUGCUUAGGCUUCUCGCGAGAAGUGUCCCUUCUCGUCAGGCACUUAAGAUUCUGGAAGACGACAUGGCUUAUGAUAUCAUCAAUAUCGGACAUUUGGCUCGAUCAAAGACUUUGCAGGAGAAGUUUCCAAUAACAAGGUUUCUGUUUUUGGGUCAUAAGUCUUCUUCCUUGAAGGCGCUGGAAACAUCAACCAACUGUUUCAUUCGGCUUCAGGGCAACACUGUUGCCGCAAUGGGUUCGUUCAGAGGUCUCAAACGACUCAGGAUAAUUGUUGAACGUUGCUUCGUUAAUGGAUUGAGUCCUUUGGAUGUCUUGAAAGAGAUGGAUGCAGGAACAGAAAAACUACACUGUAGCCCGAAUGGGUUUGAAGAGAUGGAUGCAGAGAUGAAUCCAUAUAGUUACUUACCGAGCGCUAGGAAAAACGGCGGAUAUAUGUUUCCUAACUUUCCUUUCUCUCUCUCCCGUAGGUUUUAAUCACUCUGUUGUCCACAAAUCAGACUGCUGAUCCUGCUUUGUUUAACUUAAUAUCUAUGUAAUUUAUUGCUAUCUAUCGACUCGAACUGAACCACUCUUAAUAAUUAUUGCUUUGCUUUGCU